AGCGCUUUCAAACCCGAAGGACGAGUUGCCGUCUUUCAAGGCAUCUACAGUUCAAGAUGUCUUUCUUUCCUACCUUCCUCUUCAUCCUUUUAACUAUAGCCUCAAUUCGGGCUUUUAAGUUAACAGCGAAGAAUGCAGAGACGAACGUACAUCACCGAAUGACCAGAAGAGAGAUACAGACAUAUUUCGGUGUCGAUUCCCACGAUAAAGUUCCAUCAUACGAUAUAGCGUUUCCUUAUCAAGGAAAUCACGAUGGAGAGUUUAUGUCCUACAAGCUCAACCAGCCAACCAGACAUAAACGCAGUAUCAAUGAGCCUAAUGUCUGGUAUUUUAACAUCCAAGCUCUUGGCCUUAACUUGAAUCUAAAUCUUACUAAAAUGCGACAACUGGUUAAUCCUAAAGUGCAAGUAGAGACACGGCAUGAGAAUGGCUCGAUUACUUACAGUCCACAGUCAAAGAGGAUAUUCUUAAAAGGACACGUUGUCUCGAAACCAGGCUCUCUGGUGACAAUGAAUAGUGAUGAAGGACUGACUGGCAUGAUCAGCCUCCUGGAUCAGCUUCUAUUCGUACAUCCCCUACCAUCCCACUUGGCAAAGGAAUAUCAGUCAAAAGGAGGCGCUCAAGCCCACGUGGUUUACCGACAUCCUUCUAGCGACGAGUCGAAUGCAAAAAGAUCGUGUCAUGUAGAAGAACCAAGGGAAAAGCGCAGCAUCAAUAGCCCACGAUCCAGGCGAUCAGCUGAGGAGCAUGCGCAGUCUUCUCCAACAAAGAUAUUGGAAGUGGCUAUGAUAGCAGACAAAUAUGUCAUCGAACACAAAGGGGAAGAUAAAGCAGCUGAAUUCAUGAUCAUGGUGGCUCAUAUUAUUGACACUAUUUUCCAAGACCCAAGCGUCGGUAAAAAGAAAGUCCACAUUGAGCUCGUUAAAAUAGUUCUGGAGAAAGAAUCGCUUGGUUAUAAAGCAGAUGAAGACAAUAAGAAAAAGAUUGGCCACCUGGCUGACUGGGGUGUCCGAAACAUCGUGUUGGACAACGGAAAACCUGGCCACGCCGAUACACUGGUACUUCUGACCAGAGGAACCAGUGGAGGUCUUGCUCAGGCAAGUUCUACAUGCACGACACAGUUUGGUCGCACUGUAAACUCAGACAUUGGACUGGCGAGUGCUCUCAUCAUAGCCCAUGAAAUUGCCCAUUCGUUUGGCGUCCGUCAUGACGGUGCUGGACCUGAAUGUCCAAACCAUGUUUAUCUGAUGUCAUCAUCUGUCAGCGGUGGAAAGCGAGCCAUGGAAUGGUCCAAGUGCUCCAGACAAGAUAUCCAGGACUUCCUUAAUGGACCAAGGUCAUCGUGUCUUGACAAUAAGCCUCCAGGAGUAUCAGGGUUUGCAGAUGUCGACCAUCUCAUUCCAGCCAAAUACACCAAGAUGCUUCCUGGUCAAAUCUUUAAUGGCACAGCACAGUGUCAGUUACAGUAUGGUCCUGAUUUCUUUCACUGCGCUCAGAAACAGUCUGACUGCGGGCGUCUCUUCUGUUCCAAUGACGGCGUCCAAUGUCACAGCUUUAUAGCACCAUCAAUGGACGGCACAAAAUGUGGGGAAAGACAUUGGUGUAUAAAGGGCCAAUGCGUGGAUGAUGGAUCUCCAAUGAUUGACGGUGGGUGGUCUGGUUGGUCUGAGUACACCAAGUGUUCUAGGAGAUGUGGCGGAGGUGUUAAAUGGAGAACUCGAUCCUGCACCAAUCCACUGCCACAAGGAGGAGGCGAAGACUGCGAAGGUGAUGAAAGAGGACAUUUUGCUCUCUGCAAUACACAGGAUUGUCCCAAAGGCACCAAAACCUACCGCCAGAAACAGUGCGAAGCACACAACCCUGGUUCCCACGUGCACUGGAGUGCAGUCGACCCCUGCCAGUUGUCCUGCCUUAAAGGAAAUUUGCUAUAUUCAUACGGUCGAGCGGCCGAUGGUUCGAGGUGUAGUGGUGACCCAAGGCUAAAACAUGUCUGCAUCCAAGAUAAAUGCUGGCCGGUAGGCUGUGAUAAUAAGCUUUUUUCUGGGACAGAGCAUGACCGAUGCGGAGUUUGUGGCGGUGAUAGCUCAUCGUGUACUUUGGUUAAGGGAGAGUACACUAAAGAAUGGAGAGGAUGGGGUCCUGGUCAUCCAGACAAGAUCGUUGACAUUCCUACAGGCUCGACCAAUAUAUUGGUAUCCAUGAGAGAACUUACCACACACUUACUUGGGGUACAAAAUGCAAACAAUCAAUACCUGUACAAUGUUGGCUACACAUGGAGCACAGUCGUACCAGCAGCAGGGACCAAAGUAGCAUACGACCACGAACAACAAGUGUAUAAGGAUAAGGUCAUCAUAAGAGGACCCACUACUGAGCCUCUAAAGAUUAUGUACGUUGGUCUGAGGAAAAAAAACCCUGGUGUAGACUUCCAGUUCUAUACUCCAAAGGAAGGGAAAGUUACUCCUGAAGACACUCGUUGGGAUGYUGGCUCAUGGACCGCAUGUACGGAACAAUGCGCUGGAGGUUUCCAGGCUCGUUCUGUGAAAUGCGUGCGGAAGGAUGACAAAUCAUGGGUAAACGAUAAAGUUUGCUUGAAAUCUUCAGCCAAACCAGAAAUCCAGCAAAAAUGCAACACAGAUCCAUGUCAACCCAGCUGGUAUCAAUCAAAAUGGCGACCAUGUUCGAAAACAUGUGGCAAAGGAGUCCAGAUACGAGAAAUUGUCUGUCGCAAAAAAAUGGCGCCUGGAAGGUUCGAAACAGUUUCUGAUUCAGAAUGUGACAUUGACAAAAGACCCAAAGGUCUUGAAGAGCAGGACUGCAAUAUGGUUGCCUGUCCAGCGGAGUGGGUACCAACCAAGUGGUCAAAGUGUUCUGCUUCGUGCGGUCCUAAGGGUAUCACCACACGAUCUCUCAAAUGUAAAAGGCUGGAUGAAAAUGGCGCGUACAUAUCUGUUGCCGACCGACUGUGCCGACACUCGAUUCAACCACCAACUGAAGAAGGUUGCAACAAUGAUAUAACUUGUCCAUUGACGCUGAGCAGUCCGGAUGGCAAGAAGUUUGUACCACUCGGCUGCUACAGAGACUACCGUGGUUACCACGCUCUGCCCGAGAUGGUCGCUAACCUAAGACCUGAAAUCAACUGGUAUCGUCUAGAAAAAACAGUCAAGGAAUGCGCAGAGAAAGUCAGUCAAAAGAAUUCAACGUACAAGGUAUUUGGGGUGCAGUUUUACGGCGAGUGUUGGUCUGGAGACAAAGCUGACUCAACCUAUGGUGAAUAUGGCGGGUCCAAAAAUUGCUGGAAAGGCGUUGGUGGAAGCAAUGCUAACUAUGUGUACACUUUCGUCUAAAGUGAGGUCACCUCAUGAAUCUGUUUGAGAAACAAUCACUGUUGUACUCCCCUUACCGCGAAGAAAACAUCAAAGACCAUAAUCAACAUUGUUGGACUCACUACGAAUAUGCAUUUGAUUUGAUUUUAGAUUUUUUACUGUUUUAUUGGUGGUAGUAAUUUUUUUGGGGAGAGAAUAGUCAUGUAUCUAGGAGAAGUUACCCUGAAUGAUGUCAUAAAUAAAGUGAAUGAUCAAAAGCCAUAA